AUGGAAAACAUUAAUUAUGAUGAAAGUUACUCUGUUCAGUAUUCUAGCAAUUCUGACAGUGAAUCUGUUACCGAAAUAGAAAACUUUCCUAUUCUUAAUUUCGAUAUUGAUACAUACCAAGACGUUAAGAAUAAGAUUUUGCAGCAAAAUAGUGAUAAUGACAACGAAGAUUAUGAUCUUAAUAAUGUGACAGAAGAAAGUACAUUAUCUGAGUUUAAUGAAGAAUUUGGUUGCGAUAAUAAGCAUGAUGAUUUAUCUGCAAUUCUAGAAAAAUUUGGAAAUUGGAUUCAAUUAGUAGCAAAAUCAGAUAAUAAAUUACAAAAAAAGCAACUUAUUUGGUCAUUAUUGCCGGCAAUUGAGACAUUAAAACCAUGUUUGCCAAAAGAUUUGAUUUAUAGCAAAGUAGAUGAUUUUGAUAAACUAGUUCUGCCAACUUUUUUAAUGAUUCAAAUAGCAUUUAAAUUAGCAAAAAUAGAUUUAAGUACUAAAGCAAAAGCUGCAUUUUUAAAAGAAAAAGAAUAUACAUACUGUGGAAAUCUUCUUGGAGAAUCCUUAUAG